CCGCUCUCUCGUGUCCGAAAUCGGGGUCGGGUGCGCCGCGCGUCUUCCGAUUUGAACCCGGGCCGCCAUGGCCAGCGUGCACGAGAGUCUCUACUUCAACCCCAUGAUGACCAACGGGGUGGUGCACGCCAACGUGUUCGGCAUCAAGGACUGGGUGACGCCCUACAAGAUCGCCGUGCUGGUGCUGCUCAACGAGAUGGGCCGCACCGGGGAGGGCGCCGUCAGCCUGCUGGAGCGCAGGAGGCUCAACCAGCUGCUGCUGCCGCUGCUGCAGGGCCCUGAUAUUACACUAUCAAAACUGUACAAACUCAUUGAAGAAUCUUGUCCUCAGUUGGCAAAUUCAGUACAGAUCAGAAUUAAACUGAUGGCUGAAGGUGAAUUGAAGGACAUGGAACAAUUUUUUGAUGACCUUUCAGAUUCUUUCUCUGGAACUGAACCUGAUGUUCACAAGACAAGUGUAGUAGGCUUGUUCCUGCGUCACAUGAUCUUGGCUUAUAGUAAGCUUUCUUUCAGCCAAGUGUUUAAACUCUACACUGCCUUGCAGCAGUACUUCCAGAAUGGGGAGAAAAAGACAAUUGAAGAUGCUGAGAUGGAGCUGACCAACAGAGAGGAGGCUGAGAGAAAGAUGGAAAAAGAAGAGCUGGAUGUGUCUAUAAGAGAAGAGGAAGUAUCUUGCAGUGGGCCUCUCUCCCAAAAACAAGCCGAGUUUUUCCUUUCUCAGCAGGCUUUGUUGUUAAAGAAUGAUGAAACUAAAGCCCUCACACCAGCUUCUUUGCAGAAAGAAUUGAAUAACUUGCUGAAAUUCAAUCCUGAUUUUGCUGAAGCGCAUUAUCUCAGCUACUUAAACAACCUUCGAGUCCAAGAUGUUUUCAGUUCCACACACAGUCUCCUUCAUUAUUUUGACCGCCUGAUUCUCACUGGAGCGGAAAGUAAGAGUAAUGGGGAAGAAGGCUACGGGCGGAGCCUGAGAUAUGCGGCCUUGAAUCUGGCUGCCCUGCACUGCCGCUUCGGCCACUAUCAGCAGGCAGAGCUCGCAUUGCAGGAGGCCAUUCGGAUCGCUCAGGAGUCCAACGAUCACGUGUGUCUACAGCACUGCUUGAGCUGGCUCUAUGUGCUGGGACAGAAGAGAUCUGAUAGCUACGUCCUGCUCGAGCACUCUGUGAAGAAAGCAGUCCAUUUUGGGUUACCGUACCUGGCCUCCCUGGGGAUCCAGUCCCUAGUUCAGCGAAGGGCUUUCGCCGGGAAGACCGCGCACAAGCUCAUGGACGCGCUCAAGGACGCUGACCUCCUGCACUGGAAGCACAGCCUCUCGGAGCUCAUUGACAUCAGCAUCGCACAGAAAACUGCCAUCUGGCGACUCUACGGGCGCAGCACCAUGGCCCUGCAGCAAGCCCAGAUGCUCCUGAGCAUGAACAGUUUAGAGUCAGUGAAUGCAGGCGUACAGCAAAACAACACCGAGUCCUUUGCCGUUGCACUCUGCCACCUCGCUGAGCUGCAUGCUGAACAGGGCUGCUUCGCUGCGGCUUCAGAGGUGCUAAAGCACUUGAAGGGGCGGUUCCCCCCGAACAGCCAGCAUGCCCAGUUAUGGAUGCUCUGUGAUCAGAAGAUACAGUUUGACAGAGCAAUGAAUGAUGGCAAAUAUCAUUUAGCUGAUUCACUUGUUACAGGGAUCACAGCUCUUAAUAGCAUAGACGGGGUAUUUAGAAAAGCAGUUGUACUACAAGCUCAGAAUCAAAUGUCAGAGGCACACAAGCUUUUACAGAAAUUGUUGAUUCAUUGUCAGAAAACCCGGAACACAGAGAUGAUGAUCAGUGUCCUGCUGUCUGUGGCAGAGCUGUACUGGAGGUCCUCGGCCCCUACCAUGGCACUGCCAGUGCUCCUGCAGGCACUGGCCCUCUCCAAGGAGUACCGCUUACAGUACCUGGCCUCGGAGACUGUGCUCAACUUGGCUUUUUCCCAGCUCAUCCUGGGGAUCCCAGAACAGGCCUUGAGUCUUCUGCACAUGGCCAUUGAGCCCAUCUUGGCUGAUGGAGCUGUUUUGGACAAAGGCCGGGCCAUGUUCUUAGUAGCCAAGUGCCAGGUGGCAUCAGCAGCUGCCUAUGAUCCAGUGAAGAAAGCUGCAGCGAUGGAGGCCGCCAUUGAAAACCUCAGUGAAGCCAAGAACUAUUUUGCGAAGGUGGACUGCAAAGAGAAGAUGAGAGACGUUAUUUACUUCCAGGCCCGGCUUUACCAUACCCUAGGCAAGACCCAGGAGAGGAACCGCUGUGCCAUGCUCUUCCGACAGCUGCAUCAAGAGUUGCCCUCUCAUGGGGUGCCCCUGGUCAAUCACCUCUAGCACGAGGUGCCGAUGGGUGAAACCCUAUGUGUGGGAUGAGGUGGGCGUGUGCACCAUGUCAUCAUGUGUCUCUAGCCAGCCCAGCUGUGAGCGGGCCGCCCCCCAUGAUGAACUGGGAGGUGGGGGUGGCAGC